UGGUGCAUACAUGCCUCAGAGAUAUACGUUUCCUCUCGUGGCGGUCUGCGAUGCAUUUUUCUGACGUCGAUUCUCUCUAACGAACGACAUCAUCCUGGAGUUCAUUCGGCAACGGAGCGAUGGUCGGUGAAGGAUGGUGUAAAGACGGUGGAGCUCUUCGUCCGAACGAAGUCGUUCGUGGAAACACAGCGGGCAUUCGAACGUGAACUCGACAGGAGCGAUGCCCCCUCCGACGAGACCAUCACGGCCUGGGCAUCUAAACGACGCGAGACCGGCUCGGUCCGCGACGUGCAACCACCUGGGCUCCCGAGGUCGGUCCGUACACCGGUGGCAGUGGCGACGGUGCCGGCAGCAGUCCGGCGCAGUCCCCGAAGAUCGACGCGUCGGUCGGCCCAGACGGUCGGAGCGGAGCGGACAUCGGUCGUACGGAUCCUCCACGAGCGACUGCAUUCACACCCGUACGAACUGCAAGUCGUACAGGCGAUCCGAGACGACGAUGAGCGUGCACGCGUGCAGUUUUGCACGGAGUUCCUCCACACGGUGCAGGGCGAUCCGCAGAUUCCGGAGAUGCCUCUCUACGGUGCGGCACGGAUGAAGGAGUUGUCGGUGCCGAGCCAAAGCAUGGGGAGAUCCAAAUCGGAGAGCAGCGUCGCAGAACCCAUUCAGAUGGACCCAAACUCGACCCUCUCGCUUCGUGCCGACGCGGAAUCCGAUCCAGGUCGAGCGGCAUCCGAGCCGGAUCUGUCGGCAAUGGACGCAGAGGAGACUCCGGGAUGCGAGUUCCGUUCUUGCGACCCCCGAUCGGAGUCGCGCGAACGCAUCCAGCGUUCGUCUUCGCCGCCGAGCGGGUCACAAGAGUCGAGCAGACCCGCGGAUUUCAACACGGGAAACGGGAAACUGCGAUCGGUUCUCGCCGCAGAUGAGGAAUGCCUGCCGGGUGCCCUCUCGGAGAACGUGGAGGAAACGACCGGAGCAAGAAUCGACGAGUUCGGGAAGGAAGAGGAACGGCAAGGACCCCCAAGUCGACAGUGA